AUGGAUUGGCCGCAACUCACUCGUGAGUCGAAGCACUCCGACUCAUACAGGCUCAAACCGACCUGUUCUAUAUCGUCGGCAGAACUAACCGUGCGAGCCCGCAACGGCGGCCAGACCACGCUACCAUGUCCUCUGGAGACGAAGACAGCGGCUGGCGCGUCCAAGCCGGCCAGCCUGGAUGUUCCGCCCGCGGUGUCUGAACUGCGGUGGACGCGGCUCGAGGACCCGCCUGCCCGGCGCACCGUGUACGUGGUGGACGGCGCCGAGGCCGGUGUUUGGCAGGGCGAGCACGUGGUACGCCCCGACUGGCAGAGCCGUUCCUACUUCUCCGUACACAGCGACCCGGCGCUGCUCAAGAUCGGCCGCGUGGCGCUUGCCGACAGCGGCACCUUCGUCUGCAGCGUCACGUUUGCCGACGGCCGCCGGGUCAAUCACACAGUCCACCUGAGGGUAAUCGAGCCCCCGACUGCCCCCGUGAUCCGAGACGGCAGCGGAAUUGUACUUCACGGCGUCACCAAACCGUAUGAUGAAGGCAUCAGCUUGGCUAUCGUCUGCGAGGUGCGCGGAGGAGAGCCGCCACCGAAGCUUGUUUGGUCCGGGAGCGGCUAUCACCGCUUGCAAGCGAAAGAGCAAAACAUCCGGGAAGGAAACGUCACGCGAAGCUCUCUUCACAUUGCGUCGUUGGGAAGAGAGUUCCUUCUCGGCACCUUUGUCUGCGCUGUGCAAGAGAUUCCAGAAGCUACGAACAGCUCUUUCGUCAUCGACAUGAAUCUGCGACUGCUCUCGGCGCGUCUGUGGAGCGUGCAGAACGCGUCGCGGGCAGAGCUUCCGGCGGAGUUCCACUGUCGCGCUCUGGGGUCCCGGCCGGCGGCGCAGCUGAGCUGGUGGCUGGAUGACGUGCGUGUUGAGCCCUUCUUCCACGAGGAGUCGGACAGUGGCAACGACAGCUUCAGCGUGCUGCUGCUCACGCCCACGGCCGACGACCACGGAAGGACCGUGCGCUGCGUGGCCGCCAAUCCGCGCUGGCCGCAUGACGCCCUCGAGGCCACCUGGACGCUCGACGUCCAAUGUAAGCGGGCCACUGGGCAGCACGCCCCCAAUGUGACGCUGCGGCUGGGACGUGGUCUGUCCGAGCCAGUUAUCCAGGAAGGACGCGACGUGUACCUGGAGUGCGCGACGUCGGCCAACCCCUCCGUGGACGUGUUCCAAUGGUUCCACCACGGCGUUCCUCUGGAACCCGGAGGCAACGCCACCGCUGCGGUCUCCUCUGGGCAGUCGUCUCUCCUGGUGACCGGGCCCUACCUGAUCAUGCGGCGUGUGCGACCCUCUCAAGCAGGCACCUACGCAUGCGAGGCGUCCAACCCGCUGGCCAGCGUGCGUAGCAACACCGUUCACCUCACCGUACAUUACUCGCCGCGGUGCGAGCGCAUCUGGUCCUCGACACCGGACGGCGGCAACGAGACUCUGGUCCACUGCCGAGUCCGUGCGCAGCCUGGCGACCGGCUGAGCUUCACGUGGAGCGUGCGCGACGCCGCGGGCGAGCACCCCGUGGCGCAGCGCGGUGCUCUGGCCUCGGCCAACGGCUCGGUGAGCGUGCUCAGGAUACCCCACCACCGCACAUUCGCCUCCGACGGCGCAGACGUGACGCUGUACUGCCGGGCGCGCAACGCAGUCGGCCCGCAGAGCAGCCCCUGCGUCCUGGCUGUCGACACGGUGGAGAAGCCCAGCCAGCUUCGAGACUGCAGCGUGAGCAACCAGUCGGACGAGCGGCUGCUGGUGUCCUGUCGGCAACCCGAACAACGCAGGCCGGGGCAGCGGUUCGUGCUCGAGGUUCACGGGUCUGCGUCGGCGCAGCAGCAGCAGCAGCAGCAGCUGCCGCUGGCAAAUCUCUCGAGCGACCGGCCCGUCUUCUGGAUCCCGAGCCUGGAGCCCGGAGCCGCCUGCCGGCUCGUGCUGUAUGCGGUCAGCGCCGGGGGCACCCGGGGAGCCGCCGUGCGGCUGUCGCUUCACGCAGACCCAUACACGGCGCCGCUCGCUUCCGCAGCCAAUCAGGGCGUGCUGAAUGCGAUAUACCCGUGGAAGUGA